UGCUACCCUCUAUCUUGAUUAAACAUGUCCAUGCAACCAAUUAAAGUCUGGGGUCACUGGGGUGGCCCCAACCCAUGGAAAAUCUGCAUGUUACUCGAGGAGCUUGGAGUCACCUACAACCUCGAGAUGGUCGAGUUCCAAGAUGUCAAGAAGCCUGACUAUCUCAAGGUGAACCCUAACGGCCGUCUCCCUGCUAUUGAAGAUCCGAACACUGGUAUUAUUCUUUGGGAGACCGCAGCCAUCAUACUCUACCUCAUUGAACAAUAUGACGGAAAGGGCAGCCUUUCCUACGAAAGAAGCCCCGAAAAGCACCUGUGUCAUCAAUGGCUGGCGUUUCAGGUGUCUGGCCAAGGCCCCUACUUUGGCCAGGCAACUUAUUUUGCCCGUUUCCACCCUGAAAACCUCCCAUCUGCCAUUGAGCGAUAUGUGAAAGAGAUUCUGCGAGUGAUUGGGGUUCUGGAGGAAGGGCUUGCACGCAAUGGCACCGGAUGGCUCGUCGGGGACAAAUGUACCUAUGCCGAUCUGUCUUUUGUCACUUGGGCUGUCAUCGGUGAAGGCUUGCUGCACGAAAUUGGUCAAGCAGAUAGGUUGGAAGAAAAAUUCCCCAGGUAUACGGCUUGGCUCAAGGCACUGAAAGGGAGAGAGAAGGUGGCUAAGUGCCUGGAGGUAAUUGCAAAAGGCCGGGCUGCACAUGGAUUGAAGUGAGGGUAUUUUGAUGCUAUGCAGGCAAUCAAAGCCAGAGCUGUUUAGCACUCGUUAGUUGAAUAUAGAGUUAUGAAUCAUAGCUAAGGGACAGCUAAUGGACGAUGGGUAGUGACGCGAAAGCAGUAAAUAGAUAACCGAAGUGCCACCCCAC